CAAUUUUUACCAAAUUUAUCCUUUCAAAAUGAAGCAAAAUAAUAUUUUAUUAAUCCUUUUUUUAUUUUAUUUUACUUCAAUUUAUGCUUUAAAGAAUGCUGUUAGGGGGAAAAAGUGUGCACAGAAUCAGGCAAUUUUUCCUAGAAAGUUAAAGGAAAACCUCUUUAUAAGAGACUCUCAAUAUCAGCUACACUCUCUAUUUAAGAGACGCUCUUUAAUCAUGGUAGUGAACAAAUUAACAGUUUAUGAAGACGGUGCCAUCGAAGCUGAAUGUGGACCCUUACCAUGUGGUUCUACUGGGGCAUGUUCAGAUGAUUUAAGCUCGUGUAAAGCAGCAUCGGAUAUUUUUUCUGGAAUGAAAUGGGCUCGUAAUGGUCAAAGGCAAUUAAUUAACCUAACUUUUAGAAAUAAAGUGAAAGUCCGCAAAAAAGUUGCGGACAAUUUUUGCGGACAAUUUUUGCGGACAAAAAAAUUUUUUUGCGGAUACCUUAAUAUUUACAAACCCCGAUUUAGCCUCUUACUUCGUUGCUGUUCUUUACAAGCAGGCAAUAAAGUAUAUAUUGGAACAGAUUUGGUAACUCUUGGAUCAUACUAUACUGGAGGUAUUGUCCCCGAAAAGGAUAUGAUGGGAGCGACAGGAAUUGAAUACGAUUUUGUUGCGAAUGCCAGAACAGAACAAGGAGGGGUUAGAGUUUGGGUUUAUAGAAUUGUUUGCCAAUCAGAACGUCAACAAUCACAACAACAACCAUCAAUUCCCCACCCUUCAAUGACUCAGCAGAAAAUAGAAGAUCAAAUGUCUAAUGACGAACAACCGUAA